AUGAACUGGGGAAUCUUCGAAGGGCUCCUGAGCGGGGUCAACAAGUACUCCACAGCCUUUGGGCGCAUCUGGCUGUCUCUGGUCUUCAUCUUCCGCGUGCUGGUGUACCUGGUGACGGCUGAGCGAGUGUGGAGCGAUGACCACAAGGAUUUUGACUGCAACACCAAGCAGCCAGGCUGCUCCAACGUCUGCUUUGACGAGUUCUUCCCUGUGUCCCACGUGCGCCUCUGGGCCCUGCAGCUCAUCCUGGUCACCUGCCCCUCGCUGCUCGUGGUCAUGCACGUGGCCUACCGGGAGGCUCGGGAGAAGAAGCACCGAGAAGUAGCGGGGGAGGACUGCGGGCGCCUCUACCUGAACCCCGGCAAGAAGCGGGGCGGGCUCUGGUGGACGUAUGUCUGCAGCCUGGUGUUCAAGGCCAGCGUGGAUACUGCCUUCCUCUAUGUGUUCCACUCAUUCUACCCCAGAUAUACCCUCCCUCAUGUGGUCAAGUGCCACAUAGCUCCGUGUCCCAAUACGGUGGACUGCUUCAUCUCCAAGCCCUCAGAGAAGAACAUCUUCACGCUCUUCAUGGUGGUCACGGCUGCCGUUUGCAUCCUGCUCAACCUCAUAGAGCUGGCCUACCUGGUGAGCAAGAGGUGCCGUGAGGGCUUGGCAGCGAGGAGAGCCAGGGCCACCGGCGUGGGCCAUUGCCCGGACUAUGCCACCUCAUCCUGCAAGGGGGACGACCUCCUCUCAGGCGACCUCAUCUUUCUGGGCUCAGACUCUCACCCUCCUCUCCUACCAGACCUCCCUCGAGACCACGUGAAGAAGACCAUCCUGUGA